UGAACUGCCCGCUCCGAUGAGUUGCGAUGCUCACAAUGGAAGGUUUUGUCCAGAAACGUGUUCCAAGUCCGUACAAGAGGCUUGUACUAGAUCGACUGUUGACAGUUUUUCUCAAUUACACGGAUUUAAUCACUGACAUUUUGGUCAUGCUGCAGUAUGGGUGCUUUCUGCAACAUACACUCAGUACCAAUUGCACUACGGGCAUUGAGAAUGUCGGAAACGUGACAACCAGCUGGAUUCCCACCUGUGAACCACAUUGGUGGUGGUUUGGGCUUAGCCUUUCCAUUUUGGUGGUGUCGACUGUUGCACACGCCUUUGUUUACACCAUAAGACCCGGUCAAAAUCAGAAAUUCUGCUGCUUCUGCUGCCUGGGCAUCUUCCAACUGACUUACCUUCGAGAUCUGUGGCUUGCAGUGCUGUAUCCAACCACUGCGGAAGCUGAAGAGGAGAAACACUCCACAGUGGGCCGCGACUUCACGGUCAAGAUCCUGGAAUGUACUCCGCAGCUCUACUUACAGACUUUUGUGCUUUUCUCCAUUCAAGCUCAUGGAGAUCGACUGAAAGUGGUCUCAACGCUUCUAUCAGCAGCUUCGCUUGCGCUCGGACUCGUGAAGUUUAUGGCGGCACAGUCGGUUUAUCAACAAAAUUUUCUGCAAACUUUCGCCAGGAAAUUGACCGUGGGCCUGUUUUUGACCACAGAUCAGCUCCUGCGUGCCUCGGCCUAUAGCCUGAUGCUAUCAGAGGUGGCACGGCCGCUGGGGAUUCCAAUCAUCUUGCUGUUCCCAGUGUUGUCCUUGAUCAUUUGCUACAAGGCUUUGGGCCGCAGUGGUUUUGGAGGUUUUUGUCUGGCAUUUUCUGUGGGUGUCUUGGCUGGGCACAUCUUGCCACUCUUCAGUCUCACCAGCACAUUGGGUGACUCCACAGACUUUCGGGGUCCUGCGUGGUGGCAAGAAAUUUAUUUCUACUUGGCCUUGCCGCUGCGAUACAUCGAGAUGACCUUCUGUGGUGUUGUUGGACUCACAGUGGCCAAAACCACCUGUGGGCAUGUGCCAGUGAUUGAAAUGAUCACGUUCUUCAGCCUGAUGGUUGGGAACCUCGUCUUUUUCAUCGCGAUGUUUUUUUGCAUGUCCAAGACUCAGGUAAAUCCCACUGACGAAUUGCAGGCAAAACCUGACUCGCCUCCCAUGACACUGGUGGGGGCGAAUUCCGUGCCUCAGGGCAAUUAGUGCCGGAAUGGCAAGGCGGCAAGGACAUGUUUCGCGGCAAAACACAUCAAAACUAACUAACUCAUCGAACUCAUUCAAAUUCUGUGAUAUGAUAUACUAUUUGAAUCUAUUUGAGUAAUGG